AUGUCGGCUGUCAAAAGGAAAUUAAACAAUACAAAACUGAUUAAGAAAUGUCAGAUCAUUCGAGAAGUUGAGAAGGGAAUGACCAACAAGGAGGCCUCAGAGAAAUAUGGUGUACCGAAAAUCUCCACCUGGAUGAAAAACAAAGAGAAGCUGCUUCAAGGGCACAACAUUUCGUUGAAAACCAUUGGUGGCGAAUUUAAGUCCGUUACUCCACAAAUGACCUGUUCUUGGAAUGAAACAACUUUACCAACAAUUCUGUCAAACUAUAAGCUGGAAGAUAUUUUCAAUGCUGACGAGUUCGGUCUUUUCUACCAAUGUCUCCCAAAUAAAACCUAUCACUUCAAAGGAGAAAAGUGUUCCGGGGGGAAGAAAAGCAAAGUCAGGUUUACCGGAAUGGCUGCAGCAAGUGCGAAAGGAGAAAAAAUGCCUAUGUUCGUGAUCGGAAAGUCGAAAAGUGCGCGAUGUUUUAAGAAUAUCAAGCAUCUUCCUACCCAGUAUAUAUCGCAAAAAAAGAGCUGGAUGAGCAGCGAAAUCUUCGAAGAAUGGGUACGUAAAGUCGACCGAAAAUUCCGGGUAGAUGGUCGAAAAAUUGCUCUCAUUAUCGACAACUGCCCUGCUCAUCCAACGUUGUCCAAUUUGACCAACGUGCAGCUUGUCUUUCUACCACCAAAUACGACGUCUACCUUGCAACCAAUGGACCAAUGUGUCAUUCGCAGCCUCAAAGCGUAUUAUCGCGGAAAAGUUGCACGUCUGAUUUCCAGAGCUCUCGAAGAAAAAAAAGCCUUGUCCAAAGAUAUCAAUUCUGCAAGGAAUGAAGUUACUGGCAGAUUCUUGGGAACUCGCAUCCAAAGAAACCAUUGUAAACUGUUUUAG